AGAGACAAUGGCAGAAGACUGGAAAAAAAUGUGAUCGCGCUUAAAGAAGGAACUUUCUUUGUAUCUCCUGCAAGUUCUAAAUAUUUUCGAGAACUCCGGCCUUGUGUCUUCCGCAAGUUUGAGAUAUUUUUCGAAAAUUUUCGAAUAUUCUUCGAGAGGGACUUCACAAAAAAAGGAAAAGAAGUUUGUUUGUUUUGGUCUUCUCUGGGGGUGAAACUCGAGCAUGGCGCCUUCUGGAGGUGCGCUGUGCUGUGUCCUCCUUCUGGUGUUCCUCCUCCAGACGCGUCCUGUGGGGUCCUACAUCUUCAAAACGGGAGAGUGUCCUUCUGUGAAUCCAGUGUCGAACUUCGCCUUUGCCCAGUUCGCAGGCACAUGGCACGUGAUCCAGAGCAGCAACACAGCUUCGCGAUGCUACUCCCUCUCCUUCAGCGAAAAUGGUGGCAGCUUUUUCCUUACGAUGAACAAGCAGAUCUUCUCUCUCAGAGCUGCGGGAAUUGUGCAUAAUCUGCGGUUCGAAUCCCAGAUUUAUCCAAACCCCAAUAACCCGGCUUCUAUGGUGCUUCGGAUACCCUCCAAUUUGUACCAAGACGUGUCGUACCAAAUCAUCUCCACAGACUACACAACGUGGGCGACCGCGUGGAGCUGCAAACCCACGGUCUUCGGGCACAUGGAGUCCGUGCUCAUCAUGGGGCGGAGUAGGGAGCUGCCCCUGAGUGAGCUGAGGAGUAUUCGUCUGGAUCUGGAGACGGCGGGCGUGAGCGUGGACGAGCUCUCCUCCGUGCAGCAGACGGAGUGCAACCCGGAUCUCGGCGGAGGUCGGUUCACCCUCGACCUCGCCUCUGACCUCGCCGACACCCUGGUCGACUGGACGGCGCUCAUCCCUUCCUCGACGAUCCCGGGCCUGUCUCCCUCGGGUUGCUUCGUGCAGGAGGGGGACUUCUACCUCUACCUCGAGACCUGCAACGCCACGGCCUCCAACGUCAUCUUCGACCCCAAUGACCCCUCGGAGGGCAAUGAGACCGGCGGGGAGGACGAGUACGAGUAUUAUUAUUAUUAUGAGUAUUACGAGGACGAGGUGGAUGCUACUGAGGCCACGCCCGGGGAGGCUCUGGAUUACUAUGAUGAGGACUACUACGGUGAGGACUACUAUGGUGAGGACUACUAUGGUGAGGACUAUUAUAAUGAGGACUAUUACGAUGAAGAUUAUUACGAUGGAGAAUAUUACGACGAAGGAACGGAAGAGGAGAGGUCGUUAAAUAAGAGAAAAAUAGACAACCCAAAGGCUUCUGGAAACUCGACCUCCACGACCGCGAACGCCAGGGCGAGUUCGGCCGCGAGAGUAAAGAGGUUCCUUGUUCUGCACAACAUCAACGUGAGAAAAUUCCCGGUGAAAUUAAGCCGACGGGACCUCAGUGGACACUUCCGGGACAGGCAUGAGAAGAAGAUGCUGAAGAGAUACUUAAGAGUAGCGACCAAGAAGUGGCGGCUUCCAAUUCCGCUUUACCUAUUAGCAGUGUUCCGCCUCGAUGUUGGUAUCCAAUUAUACAAGGAACUUCAUAGAAGGGCCCUUGCCUUUACUAUAAAUGUUUGUUUCACUGAGCUUCAAAAAGAAGGGUCUAGUCUAUUGGUGCUCCAUGGUCCAACUCUUCGCCACGAAGUCCCUCGCAAGGGCUAG